AUGUUGUUAUCAUUUCAGGCUGCCGUAACGGCAGACCAUUUCACUGAAUCCGAUGACGACAGUGAGGUCGAUGAAGGAGAAAUGGAGGCUCAUCGCCAAUAUGUUGAUUACAUAGGAGAUUUCAAUAUCUUUCAAGGAGAGACGAGAAAUCUCUGUUUGAGCGUGUUGCACGCUGGUUUAUUUCUGAUCUUUGGUCAGUUAUUGAGGUUAAUAUGGAGUCGAGGUCCUAUAGUGGCAGUUCAGGCUGUCAAGAGGACAGCUGCACACUUGCCGUGUGAUAUGAGCCCUCCAAUACCAAAUGACACAGUCACACUUGUUGUUUGGUACAAAAACGACGUUAAACCUAUAUACAGAGCCAAGCCUGCUGAAAGAGAAGUAUCUACCCCGCACGAUGUGGUCGUACCAGGAAACCAUACAGUCCUCUUCGCUUCCUCCACCACUGGGAUUGGCAGUAAAGUUGGGGUACUGAGCGGUAUAGCCAACUCCCAACGGGGCUUAAGAAGACACCUAUAA